GCGACGUCACAAGGGGAAAAAAAGACUUCCGGUGUCAAGAUUUGUUUGGUGGCAAUGUUUUUAAUGCUGCUACGUUACGAUGAAAGUUAUCCAGCACUCCAAAGAAGCACUGCGGAGAGCUCUAAUAUCGAACAGUACAGAACUAACUAAACUUUUCAACAAGUACACAGAUCAAGAAAGACGUCUUCUGGAGGAGGGCUAUAAGGCAGGACAGCCAGGUUCCCUUUUCCAGAACAUCACUGUGCAUUCAGAGUCAGACUGGAUCCCUGCUCACCCUGAGCAGCCACAAGACUUUGAGAGCUUUUACAGAGACCUGUCCCGCAAAACCCCCGAUGCAAGCCACAAUGCUAUUUACAUUCAAACUAUUGGCUCUUUUGGUGAAGCUGGGCCCCAAACAGAUCAAUAUGUAGAGUGGCUGAGAGAAUAUUGCCAUGCGUUUUUUUAUGGGCUCACUGUCAAGUUGUUAUCAACAGUUACUGUGGCUGAAACUAGAUGUACAUUUAGGAUAAACAGCAGUUCUCACAAUCUCCAGAUUCUUACUGGUGACCUUCUUAGAUUUCUUGAAAAUAGAAAACCUAAAGAUGCUUUCUGCAUUGUUGGGAUCACAAUGAUUGAUUUAUAUCCCAAAGAUUCAUGGAAUUUUGUUUUUGGACAGGCAUCUCUCAGUAGUGGAAUGGGCAUUUUCAGUUUUGCCAGAUAUGAUGACAACUUCUACAGCAGAAGUUAUGCAGGGAGGCUAAAGAAACAGCAUAAGUUAAAGAAGGAUGACUACUCUGUGUUUGAUGGGUACUACAACCCUCCCAUCAGCAGCACUUUGCUCUUGCGAUCAUGCAAGACAAUGACCCACGAGAUUGGUCAUAUGUUUGGAAUAAGGCAUUGCCAGUGGCUGAGCUGUGUCAUGCAGGGCUCCAAUCACCUAGAAGAGUCUGACCGCAGACCUCUGGAUUUUUGCCCCAUUUGUCUCCGAAAGUUACAGGCCGCCAUUGGUUUCAAUAUUGCUGACAGAUAUAAGGCCUUAGUCCUUUGGAUGGAGGACGGUCAGAGUAAGACAUCCAAAACAGACGGUGUUGUCUGUCAUUCUGGACCUGACCUCCCCAAACCCACCCAAGACUUUAAUUCCAGCAAACUGUGGCUCCAGAGAUGCCUGGAAGUGCUUGAAAAUGACUUAUAGUAUUGAAUUCUGUCUUUGCCUGAAUUAUUUUACAAUUCAAAGCCAUGGAUUUCACUCAGAAUGACAUGAGUGAUUGUUUUACGUAUGGAAAUUACCAUACACUUUGACAAUUACAAGCCUUAGUUCUUACAACAUUGAUGUGGAUGUACAAAGUCUAUUUGUAAUGCAACAUGAACUGUUUUAACUGUAUUAUUUAUGUGUUUUCUCAUUUGUGGCAGUGGAACAUGGAACAUAUUUAUAUAUUUAUUGUGCUAAUAUAAAAAAAACAAUAAAACUCAUAGCGUUAGUAUUUAAAUAAUAAAAACCUUUAUUGUGGUGAAAUUUUCUUAUAAAUAUAGCCUCUUUGUAAAUUACCUUUAACAUACUGUAUAAUGUGCCUUUAUUAGCUGAUAGAAUACAACUAAUUGAUAAAAAAACAUUAGCACAAAAAGUAUGAUUAGGUACAAAAUCACGUCCUGAGAUUGAUGUGUAUGCAGUUAUAAAUUAACAUUUUAUUGCUAGAGAAAAAAAGUAAAACUUCAUGUGCGUGUUACUACAGUAUUUCACAGUAUGUAUCUAUGGCACUAUAGGCAGCAGGUUUGUAGUUUGUCAAGUUUUAACAAUUAUGUGCUUUUUGUAUAGCUUAGUCAGAAAUCUUAAAACCUUUUUAUAUUUAAACUUGCACGGUUGUAAUAGUAUUGUUUAUCUGAACAUUUCGGAUGAACUGUUUGCCGCAUAUGUAAUUGGUAAAAAUAAUAAUAAUAUAAUAUUAAUACAUACUUACCAACAUGUAAAAUGUAA